AUGACUCUGGGACUGAUAAACGCGAAUCCAGUGGUGCAAGCUAAGAAGGAAGGGCUUGUUCGUAGAGAAGAUCAAUAUAGAGAUGAUGGUGUUGAUCCUCUUGAAAUAUAUGAUUAUGUAAGAGAUAUAAGAGAUCCAGAACACCCUUAUACUUUGGAGCAGCUAAGGGUUGUCUCUGAAGAAUCUGUUACUGUCGAUGACAAGCUCGAUCGCAUCCUGAUAACGUUUACACCGACGAUUCAGCAUUGUAGUAUGGCAAAUAUAAUUGGUCUGUGUCUGAGAGCUAAGCUUAAAGAAUGUUUGCAACUUCAUUACAAGGUUGAUAUCAGAGUGUCUCCGGGUUCUCACGCUGAUGAAGUUUCAGUUAACAAACAACUGAAUGAUAAAGAAAGAGUGGUGGCUGCAUUGGAGAAUCCUAAUCUCCGUCAGCUCGUGGAUGAGUGUAUCUACUCCGAUGAGAUAUGAUCACAUCAUUUACUUCUACUCUCUUGUACAGGCUUCAUAUCAUGGGUUUAUAUAAUGCCUUAGAGAGCGCUCUUUAAUCUCAGAAUACAAAUUAAGGGUGUGUUCAAAUGUUGUAUUCUACUUGAUAAUGAUACAGAAUCUCAGAAUACACAUUUUAAGGGUCUUCUACUUCUCCUU